AUGCGCCAGAGCUCUACGACAACCAAGAGAACCUUACGGUCGGGAGGGGGCUCGAAGAAAAAUGCCGGACACGGCUCCAGUACUAAAGAUGUAGGCACAAUCGAAUCAAACGGUAGUGUAGCCUCACCCACAUUGCAUAGUAUGCCCAGCGAUAAUGGAGUCAUAAGCUCCGAUAAAGAGAGUUAUUCAUUUGAAGCAAGACCUUUGAGCAAAUUGGGAUCACCAUCAGUUGGAAAUUCUGGAACGAAACUCGACUCUAAUGAGUCUGUGCCAUUGUCUACCACAGAGUCAACCACAUAUGUACUCUCCAAGCCAAGACCUGUACUCGCCCCAUUAUCACAAUUUGCAUACCCUGACCAAAGUUCAGAUUUGAACUCAUCACCAAUAAAGCCAACCAAACCAUCUAAGCUAAAUAAUGUAUCUUCAUCUCCCGUGAAAACCUCAUCUUCUCCAACCAAGAGGAAAAAGGCUGUAGUGUUUUCUGAUGAUUUGAUUAGUACAUUAAGUGCUAGUUCUCCAAACAAAACCCAUAUAGCCAUGGCAAAGGGUGACCCACAAAGCCUUGCAUCUCCAUUAAAGUCAAUUUUGAAGUUCAAUAUUUUGAACGAGAUUCCUUCCAACUUGAACCAAUCCACCACUAAUCCAUCCGAAAAUAUAAAUAGCAUAAAUAACCCAUCUAACCCAGAAUUCUGGCUUCUGGGGACCAUCAUACAAUUACCACCGGGAUCUCUGGAACUCCCCCAACUUAUAACUGGAAUGAUGACUGUAUUGAGCAACCCUGAGUUUCCUAGAAAAUUUGAAGUCUAUGCUGCAUUGAACCACAUGUGCAAAUCAAAUACUUCGGAGAAAUUAUUUCGCUUGUUAACCAUAAAUACGGUAAAUCAACUGAAUGAAAGUCCUUCUAGAAAGGGAGUGAAUGCUGGCUCCUUGGCACAAAACUAUGUGUCUACCCUAUCCACGUAUAUUCAACGUGACAUAAUAGCCUUGGAAACCCAACUUUUUGAAGGAGGUGAAGACCAGUCUAAAAUAGACCCAUUUUGCACUAGAAUAAUUAGUCAAGCUCUUAAACUCAUGGCAUAUCUUAUGGCUGACCAAGAACUUAAUAACUUUAUCUCGGUGGAACAUGCUAGAUGGUUCUACUUGCAUGCAUCUGAAAUGGCAUCUAAACCAACUCUUUCAAAGACGUUGGUUCUUUCCUACUUGGUUAUCAUUAAAGAUUGUAGAUUUGCGGGUAAGAGAAAGAGACAAAUAUUUGAUAUUACAAAUGAAAUCUCCGAGAAAAUGUUACAAUGUCUUUUGUCUAUGAAAGGGUUUUCCAGUUCCUCAUUAGUUGUUGAAAAAUAUUUGGCAUUGAAGAAUUUAAUUGCAAAUUUCCCAACUAUGAUGGCAAAAAACUUUGAUCAUUGGUUUGUUGUAUUACUUGUAAACCUCUGUGACCUCAAUUCUCCGUUGUACGUCAAGGUUAUUAAUAUGGGUGUGCAGCCUCUUUUAGAAGCAGCUCGUAAUUUCAUUAGCAACAAAAAUGUCUUAUUCUCUGUUAGAAGACUUUUGGCUACACCUUUACCACAAGAAAUCAAAUCAUUUUCAGCAGAUCUGAAGAUUUCUCCAUCAUCUCAAUUCGAUUCUCUUGAAUCUCAAAAUAUUUCAACCUUUGACUUUCUAGUUUCAAACCUUGAAGAAUUGAUCAGAAAUGGUCAAUAUAAGGCAUCCAUGGAUAUUUGGGUUGCUAUUACACUUCUCACUAGCAACAGCAGUUCAGGGUAUGAAACUUGGAAUUACUUGUCUAGAUGGUUGAAGGUGCAUAAGUUUUGCUUCAACCAACAGGAUACUAAUGCUAAAGUAACUGCAUUAAUCAGUUGGAAAGCUAUUAUUUAUAAUGUAUGUCAUAAUGAUUUGGAUGAUUUGAAGAGACAUUCUGAUGAAACUCCAACGAUAACAACCACCAAGGGUAAAUCUGAUAAUCCGCUUAAUGCAAUUCUUAAACCAAAAGUAAAAUUAUUAUUACAUCCAUUGUUGAACGUGACGGCAGUUGAAUCCCAAAAGGAAAUCAUUGAUGUCUUGCACAGUUUAUUUUUAUCAAUCAUAUACACGAUUUUUGGGACACUGGGUACAAAGUAUAUGCAUAUAUAUUGGGAUAAGAUUAUACAACCAGUCUUAGCCAACUUUUAUUUCAAAAAGGGUCUCUCCAACGCAUAUAUGAAUCAAUUGGGUACGCGUGUACUUAACAGACUUCUUAAAUCAGUAACCGCUGUUAAUGAAACCAAUUUCAACGACAUGAGAUGUCUCUCAAAUGACCCUAUAACACUUAACGAAAUCAAUUCCAUUAAUCCAAAAUGGGUUUACUCUAGAUUUGAUAGAAUCAUGCAAAAUUUGGUCCUUGUAUUUAAGUUGGAGAAGUUGGCACUUGAACAUAAAUUGAACUUUUUGUAUAAUUUUUUCAAUUGCCUUAAACUUUCUAUUAAAAAGGAAAUUGGUACUACUGACUCUACAUAUGAUAUCAUUGAUAACGUUCCAUUUAUAUUGGAUAUUUUGUUCAGACAUAACAAAUUAACGUUUGAAGAAGUUCACAAAUUAAUAAUUAAUUUGAAUGACACAUUUGGUCCCGCAAACCUUAUUGGGAGAACAGCAGGUCAAGACAUAGCCAUGUCAACCCCUAGUGUUUACUAUGAGAUUCUCAAAAAUAGUAUGGGUGAUCUUCUGCGUCAAAAUUUGGGUGAAUUAUUUGCUUUAAUAUAUUCCGCCAUUGGUGAGAAAUCAAAUAUUACAUUCAUCACUGAUUUACUAAAAUUACAAAAGGAAUCUCCAAAUGACGCCAUAGAUGAGUUCUUGAUUCAAGCAUUGAAUAACAAACGAAUCAGUAAAACUUCCAAAUUUGAACUUGACUUAGUAUCUGAAUUCUUUCAAUCGAUUACUGAAAAUUUUGAAACUAUCACCAAGAAACUAAUUCAAGACAUCGUUUUAGGAAGUCCAGAAGAGUUUGAAAGACUUCUGAAUCUGUUGCAAGUGGCCAAGUGGACACUCCCAGUAUUUAAAUAUUUCAUUCUUCUUAUGCAUGACGCACCACAUUACCAUCUCAAGCAAAUGACCUUAAAUCUUAUCCUUUUGAAAUGGGAAGAUAGCGAAGUUUUCAUUAACCUCGUUGAUUUUCUUAUUGAAAAUAAAUUCAACUUUGAACUUUUCAACUUAAGGAAAAACAUUAUGAGAAAAUUUAAAGGCUUGGAUGGUUUUUAUCAAUUUCAAUUCAGACAAUCUUGGCAAUCAUACCUAACUUCUGUUGCAGAUAGUAAUAACUUUGUACUUUUGGAUGAAUUUUUACUUGCAUCUUUAGAUUCAUCGUUUGAUGUCAAGCCAUACAUUCGAAAUAGAUGGGAUAAACUACCAAUCUUAAAGAAGGCUUGGUUGACUGGAAAUCCGGAACUAUACAUUGAUAAGUCCAUAGUUCCCCCGCCACCACCGCUUCCACCUGUUGAAGUUCACGUUCCAGCUCUGACUAUCGCUCCUUCUCCAUCUCCUUCUGGGGCCUCUGUGGCUCUCGAUUCUGAUGUGACCCUCGAUGCCGAUAUCACCUUAGAUUCUCUGAGUCCUAUAAAAACUCUGCCGCCAAUAGAAAAUUCAACUGCUUCUUUGGCUGCGCCUGCAACUGGUACCCUGACACCUUCGAAAGCUGGAAAAUCUAAGGGGAGAGCUAAGAAAGGGAAAUCAUCAACCAAAAGUAGAAAGAAACCUACCAAGGCUGAAACUGCUGCAACUUCACAUGUUGGGAAUUUUGAUAUACAUUCCUUUACUGCGAUGUUGACAGCCAAAUUAUCAUCACCUGCGUCUAAAAAGGAAAAGGAUGUUGUGGAAUCUGUAGAAAAUAAUGUUCCAAAAGAAGACUCUAUUCAAAAGGAAGAGUCUAUACAGCUUCCCGAAGCUGGACAAGAUUUGAUACAUGAUCUGCCUCAAGUUGAAGAUCAUACUCCAACCGACACUAACUCUCAAAUCAAUAAUGACAAUAAUGACAAUUUUGAUUAUGAGAUGUAUAUGAGACAAGACGAGGAUGGGCCAAAAUCCCCAGAAAUUGAAGGUACCAUGGAAGAAUCUCUUGGGUCUAAAAGAUCUGCAUCACCAGAUAUUGGUGAGUCCCAAGAAAAGCGUUUCAAAUUAGAAGGAAAUUCAGAAGAAAAUAUAGAAUUGACCCAAGCUAGUGUAGUAGAAGUGUCUGAAUCGGGACCAAAAUUUCAACCUGAAACCAAUGCUGAGGAGGAAGAGGUCAUUUCAAGUCUUGAAAGUGACACUCACAUUUCUCCUUCAACUAGAGCUGUUGGUGAUAAUAUAAACCAGUCGUCUUCGCAAAAUUACAUCAUGAAUGACGCGUUACCAGCUGCCUUGGACAUCGAAGAUUCUAACAUGCAAUCGUCGGAUGAAUCGACCGAAUUACAUACAUUGCAGAAUGGAAAGGAAGAUAUUGCAGCCAACAUCGGCGCGGUUGUGCAGGAAGUGUCAGAUGAACAAAUUGAAUCGAUGACACAACAAGAUCGGUUUGACUUGGAAACAAAGCUCUUGGGAUUCAUGCUUCGGUUGAGAAACUCGCAUCCUCAAUAG